GAGCGUGGCAGCUGGCAGUAGUUCCGUCAGAGCGGACAUCUUGUGGCUGUGCCGUGCGCGUGAGCCCCGUAGGGCCGGGGAGGCACCAGCUGCCGCGCGGGGAGGAGGCCGAGGCCGCAGCUCGAGGGAGGCCCCGGCCCUCUGCGCCUGUGUCUGGCAGAGCCGGUGUGAGAAGAAGAGACAACCCUUCCCCGCCGCCGGGAUAAUCAAGAGUUUUGGCCGGACCUUUGAGUACACCUCGGGAUAGUGAGAAGCCCGGCGAAAAGCACAGACUAUGGCGCUGAAACGGAUUAAUAAGGAACUUAGUGAUUUGGCCCGUGACCCUCCAGCACAAUGUUCUGCAGGUCCAGUUGGAGAUGACAUGUUUCAUUGGCAAGCCACAAUUAUGGGACCUAAUGACAGCCCAUAUCAAGGUGGUGUAUUCUUUUUGACAAUUCAUUUUCCUACAGACUACCCCUUCAAACCACCUAAGGUUGCAUUUACAACAAGAAUUUAUCAUCCAAAUAUUAACAGUAAUGGCAGCAUUUGUCUUGAUAUUCUAAGAUCACAGUGGUCUCCUGCUUUAACUAUUUCUAAAGUUCUUUUAUCCAUUUGUUCACUGCUAUGUGAUCCAAACCCAGAUGACCCCCUAGUGCCAGAGAUUGCACGGAUCUAUAAAACAGACAGAGAUAAGUACAAUAGGUUAGCAAGAGAGUGGACAGAGAAAUACGCUAUGUUGUAGGGUACAACAGAAUAUCUCGGGAAUGGACUCAGAAGUAUGCCAUGUGAUGCUACCUUAAAGUCAGAAUAACCUGCAUUAUAGCUGGAAUAAACUUUAAAUUACUGUU